AUGGCGUUUAUUAAAGAGGAGAGUGAAGAUGUGAAGAUUGAAGAAGCAUUCACAGUCAAACAGGAAGAUCUGCAGGAACAAUCAGAUCUGAUGGUGCUGAAAGAAGAGACUCAUGGACAGAAUGAAAUGGAUGAGAAACAGCAGUUUGAGAAACCCCAAGAAAUAACGACUGAUGAAAAACCCACACUGACUAAAAAGACUUCAUCACACAGAAGACCUCGGAAAUCCAAAUCUGGGUGUAAUUUCAGCUGCAAACAGUGUAGAAAGAGUUUCAGUCAAAAGUCAAACCUUGAUGUUCACAUGAGAGUUCACACUAGGGAGCAACCUUUCACCUGCGAACAGUGUGGAAAGAGUUUUGGUCAAAUACAAGGCUUUAAAGCCCACAUGAGAAUUCACACUGGAGAGAGGAAGUUCACAUGCCAAGAGUGUGGAAAAAGCUUCCGUCAUGCAAGAAACCUGGCAGCGCACAUGAGAACUCACACUGGAGAGAGGAAGUUCACAUGCCAAAAGUGUGGAAAAAGCUUUUAUCAUGCUGGACACUUUGCAGCACACAUGAGAACUCACACUGGGGAGAAGCCUUUCAGCUGUAAACAGUGUGGAAAGAGUUUCUGUCAAAAGCCAAACCUUGAUGUUCACAUGAGAGUUCACACAGGGGAGAAACCUUACACCUGCGAACAGUGUGGAAAGAGUUUUAGUCAAAUACAAAACUUUAAAAUCCACAUGAGAAUUCACACUGGAGAGAGGCCAUACACAUGCCAAAAGUGUGGAAAAAGCUUUUAUCAUGCUGGACACUUUGCAGAACACAUGAGAACUCAUACUGGAGAGAAGUCUUUCAGCUGUAAACAGUGUGGAAAGAGUUUCAGUAAAAAGCUGACCCUGAUUGCUCACAUGAGAGCUCACACUAGGGAGAAACCUUACACCUGCGAACAGUGUGGAAAGAGUUUAGGUAAAAAACAAGACCUUUACAUCCACAUGAGGAUUCACACUGGAGAGAAACCUUACACAUGCACAGAGUGUGGUAAAAGUUUUCCACAUAAAAACACACUCAAACACCACAUGAGGAUUCACACUGGAGAGAAGCCGUUUGCAUGUGCUCAGUGUGGAAAGAGCUUCACAACCAAAACUAGCCUCAAGAACCACAUGAAUGGACACACUGGAACCAUAGUGUUCACAUGUGAUCAGUGUGGAAAGAGUCUCACACGCAAAGACACCAUUAAGAAACACAUAAAGACUCACUCAAGAGAGGAUCGUUUUAGAUGCAGUGAAUGUGGAAAGGGCUUUAAAAGUAAAAGAAGCCUCAACACUCACAUGAAGCUUCACAAUGGAGAGGAGAGUCCUCAACAUUGAGGCCUUGUCCACACAAACACGAGUAUAUUCAAAACGGCAGCUUUUUCACGUAGUUUGGCUGUUCAUUCAAGUGAAGUUUAUUUAUAAACUACUUUCAAGAGGAUCACAUGCUUAUGAUUGUCCACGGCCGGUCCUGCAUUAGCUAAAACAUGAUUCACCAUUCAGAUGAUUCCUAACUCACUAUAAAUAACCUCUUAACUCAGUUAUCUUUGUCUUGAAGAAUCCCUCUCCCACCCUUACUCCCCCUCCUUUCUAGAUUGGGCAACACGGCAGCCAUUGAAUAGCCAGUGGUUAGCACUGUUGCCUCACAGUAAGAAUGUCGCAGGUUAAAGUCCCUGCUAACCAGUUGACAUUUUUGUGCAGAGUUUGCUCACUCUCCCUGUGCUAACGUGGGUUUCCCCUGGGUCCCCUGGUGUUCUCCCACAGUCCAAAAACACACAACCUAAGUAAACUGAACAUUAAAUUGGCACCAUAGUCGAGCUCUUUGUAAGCCUUAUAUUUCCCUUUAGCCGACCCUAUAUCUGUCAUUAGAAUAGAAAGAAGUCUGGGGAGUUCAUCGAGAUCUACCUGAGCUCACACUCCCCUCUCGUCCUGCUUACUGGAUGGAGCCCAGGGCUCGAGGAUCUUAUGAGCUUAGGUCUGUAAGAGGCUAAAUUAUCAUAUGCAUUUGUUUAUAAUACAAAACAUGCUUUUUCACUCAAGAAGGUCCA